AUGGUGCAUUUCACCUUUUGUAUUUCGUUCAUUGCAACUGUAGUGGUACUUGGGACAUUGUUUCCGGUUUCCACCGUGGCCGAAGAUUCAUCGGAACCGGAAGAACUGAAAGUGGAAGUCAUUAAGAAACCGAAAUUUUGUCUCCGGAAAUUAAAAGCAGGAGACAUUAUGUUGGUGAAGAUGGAAGGCAAAAUCCAUUCCACCGGGAAAGUUUUUGAUUCAAACUUUAAGCAGAAGCAGCCGUACGUAUUCCAGCACCAUGCGGGACAAUUCGAGUACCAGAUGGAUAAAGCUCUGGAUAAUAUGUGUGCUGGAGAGACCAGGAAAAUAAUUAUACCAGGCGGGGGUGAACGGCAAAACUUCACCACAAAAAGCGGUGUAGAAGUAUCUGCCAACGACACAUUAGAAUUUGUUGUGGAGCUUCAAGACAUCCAGGACAGUCCUGAUCACGUGAUGGUGUUUAACUUACUGAACACAGACAAAUCAGGAAAAUUGUCAGUGGCGCAGUUCAUGGCUAUUGCUGCACAGGGACUUCAAAUGUUUCCAAUGAUAACGUCUCUGGAGGAAAUGGAAACGCUUGUUGAAGAAAUUUUCCGGCUUUCCGACAAAGACGGUGACGGGUUUCUUGACUUGGAGGAAUAUCUCGACUCGACAUUUGUAACAAGAAAUAAUCCCGAACACGAAGAUGCUAUCAAUAAAAAACUGGAGCAAAUAAGAAAACCGAAAGUUCUUGUAGUUGUGUUGGCUGCAUUUGCUUUAGCAGAAGAAGGUAUUAAUAAAAAGGGGGAUUUACCAGAAGUGGAAAUUGAAGUCCUUGUUGCUCCGUCCGAGGAAAGAUGUUCAAAGAAAUCCAAACCCAAGGACGUGCUGAAAGUACAUUUUGAUGGGUUCUUACCGGACGGAACUCCGUUCGAUUCGAGUCGCACCAAUGGUGGUAGCCCAAUCAUCGUUCAGCUCGGUAGUAAGAGUGUGAUCAAGGGAUUUGAUAUUGGCCUCGUGGACAUGUGUGUCGGGGAGAAACGAAAACUCACCAUCCCGCCCAGGUUCGCCUACGGUUCACAGGGACGAGGUGGUGUACCCGCAAAGUCAACAGUUAUAUUCGAGGUGGAGUUGUAUGAGAUCCAAGGCGGCAUUGGCCUUUCUGAAGCCUUCGCGAGACUCGACCUAGAUAUGGACGGUUUUAUCGACACGAAUGAGUUCGAAGAUCAGCUGAAAGCUGCAUCAAAGACCAAAGAGUUCCCUGUACCGCAGGACGAGUUUAUGAUACGACAGAUAGUGCAAAUGGCUUUCCAGUCUGGCGACAAAGAUCGAGAUGGCCUCCUCAGCGAGAGAGAACUCGGCAAGAUUCCUGGAUUGAAGAAUAUUUUUAGGAAGGACGAACUUUAA